GACAAUGCAUGUGAGAAAACUUCAUAUAUGUUUCUCCGAAAGGAACUUCCUGUGCGACUGGCUAACACAAUGAGAGAAGUUAAUCUUCUGCCGGAUAAUUUACUUAACCGCCCUUCAGUGGGAUUGGUUCAGAGCUGGUAUAUGCAGAGUUUCGUUGAACUUCUAGAAUAUGAAAAUAAGAGCCCUGAGGAUCCAAAGGUGUUGGAUAACUUUCUACAAGUUCUGGUUAAAGUCAGAAAUAGACACAAUGAUGUGGUUCCUACCAUGGCACAAGGAGUGAUUGAGUACAAGGAGAAGUUCGGGUUUGAUCCCUCCAUUAGCAGUAACAUCCAAUAUUUUCUGGAUCGGUUUUACACCAACCGCAUCUCUUUCCGUAUGCUUAUUAACCAGCACACACUUCUGUUUGGUGAUGACACUAAUCCUGCUCAUCCUAAACACAUAGGAAGUAUUGAUCCCAACUGUAAUGUGGCUGAUGUGGUGAAAGAUGCAUAUGAAACAGCCAAGAUGCUGUGUGAACAGUAUUACCUGGUAGCUCCAGAGCUGGAAAUUGAAGAAUUUAAUGCCAAAGCACCAGACAAACCUAUUCAGGUAGUUUAUGUGCCAUCACAUCUGUUUCACAUGCUAUUUGAGUUGUUCAAGAACUCAAUGAGAGCAACAGUAGAACUAUAUGAAGAUAAAAAAGGUUACCCGGCUGUGAAAACCCUUGUGACUUUGGGGAAAGAAGACUUAUCCAUUAAGAUAAGUGAUCUAGGUGGUGGUGUCCCACUUCGAAAAAUAGAUCGUCUUUUUAACUACAUGUAUUCAACUGCACCUAGACCUAGCCUGGAGCCUACGAGAGCUGCCCCUCUGGCUGGAUUCGGUUAUGGUUUGCCAAUUUCUCGUCUAUAUGCUAGAUAUUUUCAAGGAGAUCUAAAACUGUAUUCCAUGGAAGGAGUGGGUACUGAUGCCGUUAUUUAUUUGAAGGCCCUUUCAAGUGAGUCAUUUGAGAGACUUCCAGUUUUUAAUAAGUCUGCAUGGCGCCAUUAUAAGACCACACCUGAAGCUGAUGAUUGGAGCAAUCCCAGCAGUGAACCCAGGGAUGCUUCAAAAUACAAGGCUAAACAGGACAAGGUCAAGACUAAUAGAACUUUAUAGAGAACUGAAUGCUCUGCUCCUCUCUGUGAAGCAAGAUCAUCUUCUGCAAGUCAACCAGAGAGAGCUUCUUUCUUCUACCAACUCUGAGCGUGGCACCAUAGUUAUUCCUAGUGCUUGAAUAUGUAUUCUCUCUGUACCAGCUGGACCUUUCCAUGGAACCCUUGUUCUAGUUACUCCAGAUCUUCCACUAAAGUAGUGAACUGAGUAACCUUUAUAGUAUCUUGUUUUGGUGUGGUCGGCGCCUGUCACAAAAGAGCAUAGAGCCUCCUUAGAGCCCUAGGGCCCUCGUACUCUCUCCAUCUCGUUAUCAUAGAGUCUAGUGUCUACAGUCUCCCCACGAUUCUGAGCUCCUUCCAAUUCCAGAUAUCACAGGUCUUACCUGUUGCUCUUUGUGACCAAAUACCAUAUUUGCCCCAAACCUCAAACUAGGGCCUGGGGAAUCUGGAAUUGGAAGACAUCAGCUGAGCAUCUCUUGAUGAUUCAGUCCCAGGGCCCUUCCUCUCUCGUAUACAUCCCCCUUCCACUCUCUGAUGUAGACCUUUCCCUUCUUCCAUCUGAUCAUAUUUUCCUUGUGAGGUGUGGGGUUUUUUUGUGUUUGAUCUUACUCACUGAUGCGUUGAUUUUAUUUUACAAUUUAUUUGUAUACUUCCAUUCUGCUGAUUAAAGCGUUCCAAAAGUU